GGCCUGGUCAUUCGCGACCCGGAGCUGCGCGGGCGCGAGCCAGUAGGGGCUCCGGUGGGCGGUGGCAGCAGCGGCGCUCCGCGCAGGCUGGAAGCCACCGAGGCUCGCCAUGCCGGGAGACCUCUAGCUCCCCCAUGGAGUCGGCCGACUUCUACGAGGCGGAGCCGCGGCCCCCGAUGAGCAGCCACCUCCAGAGCCCCCCGCACGCGCCUAGCAGCGCCGCCUUCGGCUUCCCCCGGAGCGCGGGCCCUGCGCAGCCCCCCGCCCCACCUGCCGCCCCGGAGCCGCUGGGCGGCAUCUGCGAACACGAGACGUCCAUCGACAUCAGCGCCUACAUCGACCCGGCCGCCUUCAACGACGAGUUUCUGGCUGACCUGUUCCAGCACAGCCGGCAGCAGGAGAAGGCCAAGGCGGCCGCGGCCCCCGCGGGCGGCAGCGGCGAAUUUGACUACCCGGGGGCCCCAGUGGGUCCCGGAGGCGCAGUCAUGUCCGGGGGUGCGCACGGCCCCCCUCCCGGCUACGGCUGCGCGGCGGCCGGCUACCUGGACGGCAGGUUGGAGCCCCUGUACGAGCGCGUCGGGGCGCCGGCGCUGCGGCCGCUGGUGAUCAAGCAGGAGCCCCGCGAGGAGGACGAGGCGAAGCAGCUGGCGCUGGCCGGCCUCUUCCCCUACCAGCCACCACCUCCACCGCCGCCGCCACACCCGCACCCGCCGCCUGCGCACCUGGCCGCCCCGCACCUGCAGUUCCAGAUCGCGCACUGCGGCCAGACCACCAUGCACCUGCAGCCUGGCCACCCCACGCCGCCGCCCACGCCUGUGCCCAGCCCGCACCCAGCGCCAGCACACAGCGCCGCGGGCCUCCCGGGCCCGGGCAGCGCGCUCAAGGGGCUGCCGGCCACGCACCCUGACCUCCGCGCGGGCGGCGGCGGCGGCGCGGGCAAGGCCAAGAAGUCGGUGGACAAGAACAGCAACGAGUACCGGGUGCGGCGGGAGCGCAACAACAUCGCGGUGCGCAAGAGCCGCGACAAGGCUAAGCAGCGCAACGUGGAGACGCAGCAGAAAGUACUGGAGCUGACCAGUGACAAUGACCGCCUGCGCAAGCGGGUGGAACAGCUGAGCCGUGAACUGGACACGCUGCGGGGCAUCUUCCGCCAGCUGCCAGAGAGCUCUUUGGUCAAGGCCAUGGGCAACUGCGCGUGAGGCGCGCGGCUGCGGGACCGCCCUGGGCCGGCCCCUGGCGGGGACCUGAGGAGUGGUUUCGGAUCGCCGGAUCUCAAGGCUUCCCGGGCCGUGCAAGCCAGGACUAGGAGAUUCCGGUGCCGACUGAAAGCCUGGCCUGCUCCGCGUGUCCCCUUCCUUCCUCUGAGCCGGACUCGGUGCGUCUAAGAUGAGGGAGUCAGGCAGUGGCUUCUUUCUCCCUGAGACUGGGGAGAAUUCUCCGUGGGGCUGAGCUGGGAGCCCGGCAACUCUAGUAUUAAGGAAUAACAUUGUGCCUUGGAAAUGCAAGCUAGCUCCGAUUCCUACCGAGUAGGGGGAGCGAAUAUGUGCCUUGACAUUUUAUUUGAAGAGUUCCUGCCUCUUCCGAGGCUGCAGCAGGCCCCCACGAGAGAAGGAAGGGUGCAGGCCAUGGCAGGAGGAAAGUUCAGGAAGCUGAGAUGCAGACAAGCCAGCCCCAACCACUCCUCUGUGCCUGUCCUUAGAGGGGAGGAACUUAGGGAGUUGGAGCUUUGAAUCCAAGGUUGUUCUUUCGUUCUCCAAGGAGGUAGAGGGUCCCUAGUUCCUUGCCUCUCCCACCUCGACCACCGUCCCAACAGGCCUAUGACAGACUUGGCUUCCUGGGUGAGCACUCACUGAGAUGGGCUUCACCAGGUGACUAGUGGGAGUCCCCUACCCCUAUUCAGACCAGAAAGCUAAGUAGUGAGUUAGCUACAAAGGACAUGUAUUCAAGGGAGCGGUGGUCUGAUGGAAGAAGGGAACCUGGAGAUUUGGUCUUGGGGUGGGGGGUGAAGGGACACUGGGACCAUCAGCCUUGUCUGUACUGUAUGUCGCCAGCAUUGCCAUAAGAACAUGAAGCACAAUCAGUCCAUCCCAGAGGGACCGGAGUUAUGACAAGCUUUCCAAAUAUUUUGCUUUAUCAGCCGAUAUCAACUCUUGUAUCUGGCCUCUGUGUCCCAGCGGUGCCUUGUGCAAUGUGAAUGUGCACGUCUAUGUUAAACCACCAUUUUAUUUGGUUUUUGUUUUGUUUUGGUUUUGCUCAGAUACUUGCCAAAAUGAGACUCUUUGUCAGCAGCUGGGGAAAGGGUCUGAGUCUCUCUUUCCUUUUGGUUUUGGGGUUGCUUUUGCUCCCGGGGGACCAUUGAGGUGAGGUGGGCCUCCCUUUUCCCCUCAGCUUGUGGGUCUCAGCUCCCUGUGGCUGGGGCUGCUGGCGGGCUUGUCCCCCCCAGAGGCCCUGGCUUGUGGUCUGGAGGGAAGGCGACCUCCAACCAACACAUACAUAUCGCUGGGGUUGGGAGCAGGGAAGGACCGCUUGGUUCUCUUCUUUUGGGGAGAACAUAAGAGUUUCAUGCUAGAUGUUUUAUGUAUUAUAUCUAUAAUAUAAACAUAUCAAAGUAAAUUUUGGUGUCUUUUUAAAACCAGAAAGAAGCUACUUCUGAGGUUUUCUGUGGGCAGGUUGCAUUUGCAAAUCAUCAUAGCAUUUGCUGUGACUGAGAUCCUGAUGAAUUAGUAUCUCCUGAGCCCCUCUUUACCUUAAAGGGUGACUUACUGCCCCCUUGCAAACAGAUAACGGGAGGACAAGCCUCCAAGCUGAAAAUGCCCAGAAUCCGAAGAGAAAGUGGGAAGGUCACUGGACUGAGGCUUUGGUGUGGCCUCUCAUUUGCCUGAGGAGAAGAGGGACCCCAGAGAAGGAGCCCUCUGCCUAAAGUGUGGGCCCACCCAGCUCUAGGCUCAAGGGACCCUUUGGCCGUACUCACUUCCAAUCGCUCAGCUCCACUUCUGGAGCACCUUGGUUCAUACUUGCCUUCACCCCAGCAUUCGGGUGAGACCCUGGGUGGGCAGGAAGAGGCCUAGAGUGGUAGGACCCUCUACCCAUGCCCACUUUCCCUGGGCCACAUGACUGUGACCUACCCCAGUCAUGCCCAGAAGGACUGCCUAAAGGCUCAGCCCGCCUCCACCAGUCCUGCCCCUUUACCCUAAGCCCCCCCCAAGGGGCCCCAGCAAGCCUACGGUGGGUAUAUGACCCUGCCCCACAUAACACCUGUCCAGGAACUGACCCCAGCAUCCAUCUGCUCUGCUAUUCCCAACCUAUACCAAGCAGGAGACUGAGACCUGACGUGCCCCCCACUGUGAUGACUGUCCCAUGAGCACAGGUGCCACAGCAUCCCCUUAGCAGCAGUGAUAACCAACCAAGGGAGGACAGACCUCACCCCCACCUUCGUCCAGGAGGCCUGGGAGGCAGCAGCCUAGGAGGCAGCUCACCACCACCUGAGAUUCCAUUCUCUCAGGGGGUAAAAGAUAGAACACUUUUUAUCUCUUUUCACCACGAGAGAGCUCACUGAGCAGCUUACAGGAUAUGCCAAUGUGGUCCGGGGCAUUUUUGAGAAAUUAUAAAUUCUUAUAAAUUCUGAAAUCUUCAGCUU